GACACUACUGCCGCCCUCCAACUGAACGCCACCACGACAAGGCUGCCCCGCAGAAAAGUCCUUGGAACCGAAUCGCCACACUAUUCCAUCACGGCAUUUCGAACUUGGAUCCUCACAACGGGCCACCUUCACCAUGGCACCGGGUCGACGACCAGCCAAAUCAGGCGUUCUGGUCAUCAGGACGCCGCCAGCAACAGCACCGGCGGCUGCGCCUGCACUCUCCAAGGGAGCAUCGACAGCGCCUGCUCCUUCGGGCGACGUCGACAGCAUCCCCAUUGCGGACCUGACACUCGACGUCCCUCUCAGACCAUUUCAGCGCAAGCGCCGCGUUCCCGACCGGUCUUUUCCGUUUCUCGAACUGCCAUCUGAGCUGCGCAUCAAAGUCUACGAGCACUACUUCAGGGAUGACGAAUGGCCUAAUGAGAUUCUCGACUUGGGUCCCGACAUUUAUAAACGGUACCAUAAAAAGCUAGGAAUCAUCCGAGUAUGCAGGCAGAUUCACGACGAGGCCACCCAUUAUUUCUACAGCACCCGUCGAUUCCGAAUAUUCCCCACCAGUCCAGGACGAUACUUCAAGACGAAGAAGCCGCUACUGUCGCGGAUGAAGAAGGUCCAGCGCGAGUGCGUCACCUCGCUCGAACUGCGCCUUGGGCCGGGAUGGAGCGCGCCACCUCGGGGAUGGGUGGUCAACGAUGCCCUCGGGCUGACCGAAUUCACCAACGUCCGCACGCUCUGUGUGUUUGUCGAGUGCGACCCCAGCGAUGGCGUGUUCAAGGGAUUCCGGCGCUCCGAGGGAUUCUACGAGGGGUUCAGCCGCACCCUCCUCGCCAGUAUCCUAGAAAAGCUCCCUUCUGUGAACAUUGUCGAGUUUGACGGCUGGUCGAGCGUUAAGAAGAAGGGCGCAAUGAUGUCGGGCCUACUCGAGACUGCGAGAACGGCUGGGUACUUGACCGCCUGGGGACCCGAGCGCGGUUGGACGGACGAGGACCACGAAGAUGACGAACCUAACAAGCAUGAGCCAAACCCCUUCAUGGCGGUGACACCACUCGCCACCGGUGACUGGCCGCACAACAUUCUGGUUUCAGCAUAGUAUCACGACAGGGACAAGGCGUUUGGGCGUUUGGGCACCUUUGACGGGCCGUCGGAUGGUAUAUAGUCUAGCGCGGUCCUACUGGGAAUUGACAAGUGUGAACUUGCUUCAUUGAAAUCUUGGACACGUCUAAACGCUUCAAAUGUAAUGUGAAAAUUGCAGCUCCACUCAGGGCCUCUCACUGUGCCCCCAGCGCCGUCAGGGCGUUUCUGAGCUCUUGCACCGCGGUGGGCACGUCUUCAAAAUUCAGUGCCGAGAUUGCCCACUUGGCAUGUUUUUGCGCCUGGUUGAGGUCCUUGUAAUGGGCGGCGGGUGAAGGUGCACUAGGCGCUGGUGCCGGUACGGGCACAGGUUGUGGA